CUCAAGUCACAGAGGAAAAUGAAGGCCCUAUAUCAGGCUGCUGGUCGGAUUCUCAUUACUCUGGGGAGUCUCAGCGUAUUCUCUGGAGUUAUUGCUUUUUUCCCUGUUUUUUCUCACAAGCUCUGGUUCACUGGAUGGAGUGUCCAUAUUGCUUGUCCCAUCUGGAAUGGCGCUUUGGCCAUCACAGCUGGUGUGCUUGUACUGUCGGCUUACAAAGAGUGGACCCACAGACACCUGUGGGAAGCUAGCUUCACCUUUGUGAUUCUGAGCAUUAUGGGAUGUCCACUUCAUUUUGCAGUAGCCUUGGAAUCUGCUCUCCUUGGUCCAUAUUGCUUCUAUUCAUUUUCAGGGAUCGCAGGGACCAAUUAUCUCGGUUAUGCCAUUGCCUUUCCUUUUCCAUAUGCGAAAUUCCCAUCGGUUUGCGUGGACCCCCUUAACUAUGAAGAGUUCCACCUGACGCUUCAAGUCCUUGACUUGUGUCUGAGCUUUGCCCUGCUCUGUGCGUCUCUGACAGUGUUCAUCAAACUUUCUGCAAGACUAAUCCAGCAUGGACACGUAAAUGUAAGUUUCAGCAAAGGGGAACGUGGUGCUUACGCAAUCCUGAAUGGUAAAACAGAAGGUCUGGUAUAGAAAUACUAAAUCUCUCCUUUGCCAGCAUUUCCUAUAGAACCAUGUUGUCCCGUGUCUGGCACAUGAUAGGUGCUCAAUAAUUAUUUUUGAGUGAACAAAUGGAAAUACGUUGAUAUAAAACUAAAAGCACAGCUAUAGGUAGUACUACCCAAUUUUUGUCUCAAUCGAUAUUAAAUUUUUUUUUUCUAAAAACAAGAUAUGGCUGCACACUUUACCACUUUUAUUUUACAUAGUACUGAAAAUUCUAGCCAGAGCAAUCAGGCAAGAAAAAGAAAAAAUAAAAGUCAUCCAAUCAGAAAAGAAAAACUAAAUUGUCUGUUUGAAGAUGACAUGAUCUUAUGUGUAGAAAACACUAAAGACUCCAGCAAAAAACUGUUAGAGCUGAUAAACAAAUGGAGUGUACUUACAGAAUACAAAAUCAACAUACAAAAAUCAGUUACUUUAAAGACUAGGCAUGGAUCCACCGUACGACCCAGCUAUACCACUCCUCAGCAUUUAUCUUAAAGAAUUAAAGUCAUCUUUCUCUAGUGA